AUGGAAAAUAUCCAGACCGUUGUUCGUUUGGCCGACAAAUACGAUGUCCUCGAAUAUGUCAACGCAUGCGCCGCAUUCCUAAAGGGUCAACUGACCCUGGAUAAUAUGUGUUGGGGCUAUCAACUGGCCAUAAAUCUAAAGAACGAUGAAUUGAUCGAGUUCUGUGAAGACAAAAUUUCCAGAUCGCCAAAGAAAAUCUUCGUCACCGAUUCGUUUGAACGUUGUGACAAAGGUACUCUGAAGAGAAUCGUGGAACUGGAUUUGACAUGCGAUGAAAUCAACGUAUUUGAUGCCUGUUUAACAUGGGGCAAAUAUGCAUGCCAACAAAACGAUUUGGAUGCAACACAAGCGGAGAAUUUGAGAACACAACUCGGCGAUUGUUUGAAGUCAAUUCGAUUCAAUGCAAUGAAAAUUGAAAACUUCUCCACUUUUGUGAUGUCAAACGAUGGUCUCUUCACUCCAGAUGAAUUCAAGGACAUUGUGCUUACUUUAACAGCGAAAGGAUAUGAACCGAAAAUAUUCAAACAAAAUCCCCGACGCUUCAAAUGGAAUGAAAAUGAAGUUUUGUUGUGUCAUCGACAAUAUACUAGCUAUGCAAAAAACUACAUCAAAGAUUCAGAAGUCGUUUGGUUUACAUCAAAUCAAACGGUACUAUUGGGGGAACUUUACUCUGCUUCAACGGGGAAUAUGGGCUAUAUUUAUCAACAGAACAAUGCUGUUAACGUUACAAUCGCAGAAAUUACCAGUGAUUUUUCGAAGAAAGUUUUGUAUGAAGGCUCAUCAAAAACGUGGUCCAGUGAAAUAUUGAAAGUGGCAUUACUACAACCGAUCAUGAUCAAACCGCAUGUUAUGUAUGAAAUUCGUUUUGAGGUGCUCAUGGGAGUGGGUUUGCAUUAUGAAGCUACAUGGGGACCAACAGUUGAAUUGUUAGAUGGACUUACAAUUAAAUUCCAUCGAAAUCCAUCACAUACAGGCUAUGACACCUCUUCAUGUGGUUGGAUUCGGUCAUUAGGCUUUAACAGAGUAUAA